CGAAGGUGGCAGAGACGCGCGGGCGACUCAACGUACAGUGUGGCAAAUCACGAGACCACAGAUUUGCAUAUAUUCGGGAACGGAUAAUGGUUACGAGACAGCAAAGGAAACUCAAUACCAGAAGUGAACUCUCUGUAUGUCGGAUGAAAAUUCCGGUAUUGUGACGUUUCGCUAGUGAUUCUUGUUUAAACAGACGUUAAGCUUAAUGGACGUUUCCGUGCUUAUCACGUGUUAGUUAGUGUCUUAGCUGUCAACAAACAUGUGGCGGUUCCUGGCGGCUCUCCUGUUUGCUUUUCCCACGGAGUCUACGCCUAGUUCGUCGGGGUGUCCUGCCCUGGGAGGACUCAAUCACGGGACCGUAGCCCUGCACCUGACGAGAGCCAGCGGGUUUCCAGAAGCCCGCUUCUACUGUGCCGCGGGUUACAGGCUCCAAGGGAGUGCUACGUCCGUCUGCGUUCACGGGCGAUGGAGCCACUCCCUGCCCAUCUGCGUCCCUUCCCAAGAUGAGACGCUCCAGGUGGCAGCACUUUGUCACAGAGGUGAGAAGGAUUGUCACGUGACUGAGGGUUCAACGGAAGUAAGUCUAUCCAGUGAGACGUACGAAGACGCUAGUGAAAUGCUUGGAGACGCUCCUGAGACGGUGGCUGACAAGUCAGGAAGGCGGAGAAGUAGUUCAGCACGAAAGAAUCGCAACAAGAAGGUCAAAGACAAGGGACGAAGCCGACGCCUAAUGACUAGAUCCCACGAGAAUCAGAUUCUGGAAGCAUCACCGGUGCAUCUUAACAGCAGCAUGGCCGCUAAACUUGACCUCAGCUGCCUCUUGGGUCAGCGCAGAGGACGUGGUCUCCUGAAGGCCCCAGACAUCCCGAACACUUCUGGUGCCAAAUACACGAGGCGUAAAAACCCAGAGAAGCCGUACAACCGAUACCUGGUGGCUGUGUACAAAUGUCAAGAGGGAUUCACUUUGCAGGACCCGUCAGUGGAUCGUCUGUACUGCACUCAGGACGAGUGGGUUGGCCAGGAACCAGCAUGCACAACGACAAACGUUUCGGCGGGCGGGUGUUCAGAGAACAGGAGCGGAUGUGACCACGUGUGUGAGGAGGUGGCCGGAAAGCCCAUCUGUUCAUGUUACCAGGGCUUCAGUCUGCGCGGUGUCGGAACGUGCGUGGAUAUCGAUGAAUGUUCUGUCGAUAACGGUCGCUGCCAAUCAGUGUGCCUCAACAUCCCUGGCUCCUUCAGCUGUACCUGUCGACAAGGAUUCCGUCUGGCAGCGAACGGGAGGUCUUGCCUUGACGUGAAUGAGUGUCUGCUGAGGAAUGGACACGGUCCCUGCCAGGACUCGUGCCGCAACCUUCCGGGCAGCUACGAAUGCAGCUGCGAAGGAAUCCCUGGUACACGCCUCGCAUCUGACAACCACAGCUGCGAGGACAUGGACGAGUGCGCUCGCAACAACGGGGGAUGUUCCCACUCCUGUCUCAACACACUCAGCAGUUUCUUCUGUCUCUGCCCUCCCGGCCUCAUGCUCGGUGACGACUACAAGACGUGCGAAGACAUUGAUGAGUGCCAGAUGGAAGACAUCAAGUGUCCAUUGGGUUGUGUGAACACCAUAGGGUCAUACACCUGUGCUGAGAAGGCAGGACUGUUAAAUGGUCCUGAAGAUGACCCUGGAAACUGCAAUGCGGGUUACAAACCCGGAAAAGAUGGCUACUGUGUUGAUGUAGACGAAUGCCUGGAGGAAAAACCCGGAUGCUCCCACGGCUGCGCAAACGAACCAGGGGGUUACCAGUGCAUCUGUCCUGAUGGCUAUGACAUCAGCGACGAUGACAAAACAUGCGAAGAUCUAAAUGAAUGCGAAGAAGAGGCAGAUGAUUCCGACUUCGUUUGUUCUCAUAAAUGUGUGAACGAAAUUGGCAGCUUCCAUUGCGAGUGUCCUCUUAGCUUCCGUCUGGGAGCAGAUAAAAGGACCUGUGAGGAAAUAGACGUGUGUACCGAAGAACAGGAAACAGAGUGUUCGCAUGACUGCGUCAGUGAGCAGGGCGAUUUCACGUGUACCUGUCCGGAAGGAUUCGUUUUAGAAGACAACCUCAGGUCGUGUAGAGACAUAGACGAAUGUGAAACAGACAAUCCCUGCUCCCACAUCUGUACUAACGAGCCUGGAGGUUUUAACUGUUCUUGUCCCUCUGGCUUCAUCCUGAAGGAUGAUUUACACGCGUGCGAGGAUGUGAACGAGUGUGGCGAUUCUGUGGAAGACAAUGGAACAGGCAUGCGCUGUUCUCACCACUGCGUCAAUCAACCCGGAAGCUUCAUGUGCAAGUGCCCUUCCGGUUACAUUCUCAGUGAAGACCUGAGAACGUGUAAAGACGUUGAUGAGUGUGGUGAUCUUGAAAAUGAAACAGGUGGUAGAUGUUCUCAUGAAUGUACCAAUGAACCUGGGAGUUUCAGGUGCCAGUGUCCUCAGGGAUUUAUACUUGGUGCAGAUUUCAGGACCUGUAAGGAUGUUGAUGAAUGUCUCAGUGGUAAUGGAGAAAAUGAUACAGGUGAGCGUUGUUCACAUAAGUGUGUAAAUCUACCGGGAAGUUUCAAGUGCGUGUGUCCUGAAGGAUUCGCGCUUGGGGACGAUGACAGAACGUGUGAGGACAUCGAUGAAUGCGCACAUAAUUCGACUCUGUGUUCCCAUGACUGUGUAAACAAGCUUGGUAAUUUCUACUGUACAUGUCCGAAAGGUUACAGCCUAGGAAACGAUAAAAUGACUUGUGAAGACAUUGAUGAAUGCGCUGAUGAGCCAUGUUCCCAGAGGUGUAGCAACGAGCCAGGAAGUUUCAGGUGCGAGUGUCAACACGGUUAUGUGCUAGGCAACGACAGACACACUUGUGAGGACGUCGAUGAAUGUGUCGACGGAAACGAAAUAGAAGAAUGUUCUCAGGGAUGCGUGAAUGAGCAGGGCAGUUUCCACUGCACGUGCGACUCUGGGUAUCAGCUCUCAGCAAAUGGACGCCUCUGCGAAGACAUUAACGAAUGUAUGGUCAGCAACGGGGGCUGCUCACACCUGUGCGCAAACACAGAUGGAGGAGUCGAGUGUGCUUGUCCAGAAGGGCAUCGUCUUCUUGCAGAUGAUGGUAAGACGUGUGUUCAGGUGGAUGGAUGUGUCGUUGACAACGGUGGUUGCUCACAUUUCUGCACUGGGGAUAGCAAGGGAUUCCACUGCAGCUGUCCGAAUGGAUACAAGUUGUCAGAUAUUGACCACAAGACGUGUCAUGACGUCGAUGAGUGUCAGAGAGACGGUGGUGACUGUUCUCACGAAUGUGUCAACACCAAGGGUAGCUACCACUGCGCAUGUCCGCAAGGUUACCGUCUCGAAGCGAAUGAUCCAAAAUCUUGUGAGGAUAUAAAUGAGUGUGCAGUACAUAAUGGAGGAUGUUCGCACAAAUGUAUUAACACCGAAGGAUCAAGGCGUUGUGAGUGUGAGCCAGGAUUCCAAGUGCAGCGUGAUGACACGUCCAAAUGUGAAGAUAUAAAUGAAUGCGACACAAACGCCGAUCCGUGUUCUAACCAUUGUAUUAACACUCUCGGAAGUUUUUACUGUGCUUGUCCCACAGGUUUCAGAAUGAAAGACGAUGAUAACACAACGUGCGUGGAUAUUAAUGAAUGUCUGACGGAUGACCUUGGGGGUUGUUCCCAUAUUUGUCACAACACUCUUGGGAGCUUCGACUGUGACUGCCCUCGAGGUUAUAUUCUUACUGGGAAUCGGACAUGCACAGAUAUCGACGAAUGUCUCCAAAAUAAAGACGACGGGGGAUGUUCUGAUGAGUGUGAAAACAUUCCUGGCAGCUUUAUUUGUAUCUGUCCCAAAGGAUAUACUUUAGCUAGAGACGGCAGGACCUGCACGGACGUGGAUGAAUGUCUCGAGGACAAUGGCGGUUGUUCCCACAUCUGCUCUAAUACUGUAGGAAGCGUCCAUUGCAAAUGCCCAGAAGGUAAUUAUAUAGACGAAGAUUUUAAAACGUGUUUGGACAUAGACGAAUGUCUCCAUGAGAACGGAGGAUGUUCUCACAAAUGUAUCAACUUGCCUGGGGGUUCAAAGUGUGACUGUCCUGAUGGAAGCCAUCUCGAUGGCGUUACAAACACCACUUGUAUCUCAACUAACGAAUGUGCACGGUGUUCUCACUCAUGCGUAAACGAAAAAUGUGCGUGUCCUUCUGGGUAUAUCAUAGACCAUCGCGAUGGCAGAACUUGCGUUGAUAUUGAUGAGUGCUCGGACAGCGUCUACAAUGGCUGCUCACAUGAAUGUCUGAACACACUUGGCAGUUAUAAUUGUAUCUGUCCGGUCGGUUAUACUUUGGGAGAAGACGACGAAACUUGUGAGGACAUCGACGAAUGCCAAGCGAAGAACGGGGGAUGUUCGCAUCACUGUAUAAAUGUUGCGGGGAGUUACAGGUGCGGGUGUCCGAUUGGUUAUUUGAUUGACGAUGAAAAUGGAAGGAUUUGUGUAGACGUUGAUGAAUGUAGAGUGCGAAAUGGAGGUUGUUCUUACAUUUGUACUAACACUCAAGGUAGCUUCCACUGCAGCUGUUCGGUAGGUUACAGAUCGUCACCAGAAGAUCACCGAAAAUGCAUAGACCUAAACGAAUGUUCCAUGAGGAACGGAGAAUGUUCCCAUAAAUGUAUCAACAUCCCAGGCAGCUAUAAGUGUGACUGUCCCCGUGGAUACCGCCUUCUGGAUGGCGGGAAACAGUGCGGUGAGGAAAUGCCAUGUGAUGUCGACAAUGGCGGAUGUUCCCAGCUCUGCGAAAGUGUUUAUGGUCGCCGGGUGUGUUCCUGUUUCCCUGGAUACCGUCUCAUGGACGAUGGUUUGACAUGCCGGGACCUCGAUGAAUGUGAAGAAGACUCGAAACAUGGUUGCCAACAUUUCUGCGUUAAUUUUCCAGGUUCCUAUGAAUGCGGUUGUAAAGAUGGUUUUCAUAGGAUGGACAAGAAAUGUGUAGAUAUUGACGAAUGCAGGACGGGUGUGUGCGAGGGUCGAUGUGUGAACACUGUGGGGUCUUUCUACUGCCAGUGUGAACCAGGAUAUCGUCUUCAGGGCGGCGUCUGUGUGGAUCUGGACGAAUGCUCUGACAGUGAGGGAGGGUUAUGCGAUGGUAAAUGUCUCAACACGGUAGGAUCUUACCGCUGUCUGUGCGAGCCAGGAUAUCGUCAACAUGAAGGCCGGUGUGUCGAUGUCAAUGAAUGCGAAAUGCACAACGGUGGCUGCAGCCAGGAGUGCGUCAACACUGAUGGAUCCUUCCACUGCACUUGUCCCGCGGGCUAUAAACACCAUGCCAGGUACCAGUACACACUGCUCUCUGCAGAUGUCAAUGAAUGCGAAAUGCACAACGGUGGCUGCAGCCAGGAGUGCGUCAACACUGAUGGAUCCUUCCACUGCACUUGUCCCGCGGGCUAUAAACACCAUGCCAGGGAUCGGAACAAAUGUGUUGACAUCGAUGAGUGCGCAGAGACACGAAAUGGAGGGUGCAACAUGGACUGUGUCAACACACAGGGCAGCUUCUUCUGUGCCUGCAGCGACGGCUUCACUAUGCACGCAGACCAGCGUACUUGCAUAGCAGAGAAGGAGUCCGGAUGCAAUGCUUUGGUUGAGCCUGAACAUGGAGAAGUGCGCUGUCCAGGACAUUCGCCUGGAAUGAAGUAUCCGCCGGGUGCCGAGUGUCACAUACGCUGCUAUAAGGGGAACAAAUUGUAUGGGUCUCAUUCUGUCUCCCCUUCAGAUGUCCCACGACCAUUCAUCCAGUGUCCACAGGAUGUUAAAAUUGACCUUCCAUCUCAUCAAAACUUUGUUCAUGUGAGAAUUCCUCAACCCAAGUCAAACAUGGAUUGGUGGAGGUAUGUGGAUUCGAUCCCUGCCUGGGGCAAGCAACUAGAGGCAGAUUUGCAUGCAGGGAAGACAGAAAUCACAUUCUGGGCCCACAGUCCUGUUGACAACAGUUCGGCUUCUUGCAGCGUGAUUGUCUACGUGAGAGAUAACGAGAGCCCACGUGUGAGAGACUGUCCUCAGUCAUUUGAGGUACAGCUACUGCCAGGCGAGGUGUCGAGGACCGUUUCCUGGGCCGAACCCAUCUUCACCGAUAAUGUGGGAGUAGAUCGAGUAUAUAAAUCUAAGGAGCCAGGGCAACAGAUGUCUCCCGGGUUACAUCACGUGAAUUAUUUGGCUCAUGACGCUGCAGGCAACCGGGCAAAGUGCCACUUCUCAGUGCACAUUAAAGAAGCUGAUCUGCGGAAAGAAAUGACUCCUCAUGUUGGUGGCUAUGCCCGAAAGACUGUUGUAUGCCCAAAAAGACCAGGAGUAAACAGCGCCACUUCAAGCUAUUCGUGGCAGGUACCAGCAGGAUGCUUCAUCCGCCGUACACGGACACAAGUAAUAGCUGGGACCUUCACUGUUCAUCAAGGUGGUAAUCCAGCUUACAACAUGAACACAGCUAGUGCUAACACAGAUCGCCAAUCACAACACCUCAAUGGGAAACCAUUACGACGAUCCAAAAACUGGCAACACCAGAGAAAUGGGGCUUCUCAGAACCUUAGACGACACUGCUGCUCCUAGGUGCGAUGUGUAACAAAUUUUUUUCAGAGGAAGAAUGAAGAUCCAUAGUACGUAUACUAGAAGGAAAUUUAGUGAGUGACCAUGUGUGAUGUAUGUAUGUAAGACUUUCUUAUCUAUUGUCCUAAAUAAUGUAAAAUAAUGUUUUAUAUCAUAUACUACCUUUAUUUUGAAGUAAAAUAAAUAAAAAUUGCUAUAUAA